CCGUCUACCAGCACUACCCGUCUUCAUCAUCUCCUGAACGCCCGCCUGCUGUACUCCUGCUACACAACCACACUCCCACUCAUACCCAUCGCCAACCGCCAACCGCCAACCGCCAAUACGAACCCCCAUCCUGGUCGACACGCUAGCCGCGCUGAUCGUCACAUCCAAGUCACACACAUUGUCGCACAUCAAUCUCUCCGACUAUCCCUCGACACGCUUUCCGUCUGCACAAUAUAUCGGUAGACAUCGGCAACAUAUCCACACGUCCAAAUGAUCCAAGUCUGUCACUCGGCCCCUCCAUACAAGACCGUGCAUCCGAGGCGACUCGUGCUUGCACCGGUCAUUCAAAACCAAACCACAAUGAAUCCCCCCUCAGCACCCAACCCGGCAGGCGACGCAGGCGUACUACCAGACUUCAACAACCUCAGCCUGCAAGACGCACCAUCACCGCCUGCCAAUGACGACGAUCUCGAUGUUUUGACCAUGUCACGGGAAACCGCCAUGAAGUUGAUCGCACGCUCAAUAAUUGCCAUUGCCAAUGCAGCUGGCGAUGUGCCCGCAACACCACCACUUUCGCGGCCCGGGACGCCUGGCGGACGGGAAAACCACCUCAUACGCUCCCACCGACGGACAGCGUCCAGACCAGCGACGCCUAUCCCCGCCGAAAAAGAGAAUCACCAACCGACCGAACUAGCUCCACCGGAAGCGGGUCACGAUGAGCCCGUCACUAUACACGACAUUGGCGCCGGAGCGCAGCCCGAGUCCGUGCAACGAGCCAACAUGGCUCGCAAGUUUUUCUCCAAGACUGUUCCCAAAGUUGGCGUCGAGGAGUACAUGAACCGCAUCCAGAGAUUCUGCCCGUUGUCUACGGCUGUCUGGCUAGCUGCUGGGUCGUACAUGUUGCGAUUAUGCGUUAUCGAUAGGAGCGUUCCCCUCACAUACCGGACAAUGCAUCGGCUCAUCUUAGCGUGCGCCCUCGUGGCGAUGAAGGCAUUGGAAGAUCACAGAUGGCCACAAAAACGCUUUGCUGCUGUGGGAGGUGUCGACGAGGCGGCACUCAGCCGACUAGAGCUAUGCGUAGAAUUCCUGUUGUCGUUUGACGUACAAAUCUUCACACCAGAGAAGCUCAAGGAGCUGACACUCCAACUGCAAAAGGCGGGACAGGCUGCAACCAUGACCUGUAGAUUACCAACAUCCUUCAGCCUGAAGAUGAGCAACCCAAAAGUACGGAAUGCGCAGGCUGUUUGAAUUGGAACGACACAAGGGCAAGCAUCUCCUUUUCUUUGGAAUUUUAGGAUAUCCCCAUCUAGCAUGGCAAUGGCGUUUGAGUAGCAAAACACGGGCAUGACGGCCAAGGAAGCGUCUGUACUAUAGACACCAAGAGGU